AUUAAUUUGGUGCGAGCGUCCAAUAACUUAUCCAAGCCUAGUCGGUGGGCCCUUCCUUUUGUGGUCGAACGAAACGUUACAUUUUGACGCACAAAUCAUUUCCAAAUUUCCACAAUUCUCUCUCUCUCUCUCUCUCUGGCGGUUUCUGGUUAUUGAGAGGAAGCUCCGCAACAACAGCUGAUAAUCGACGAAGCGUCUCGAGCCAUGAGACGUUCCAGAUGAAUUUUGAAUUUCAGAGGUAUAUUCCUUGGUUUGGAGCCCAUCCAAACAAGGAUAUAUCAUCGCCUAUCACGUGUACCGGUACCCUGUUGGAGGCACCUACUAAGAAGGGUAACGAGUCCAGAUUCUGGAAAUGGUCUCUUUUAACAUUUAUUCCUUGGGCUAUGAGAGCCACAGAUAAAAUUCAGCUGCCAACAACUGUCAAUAAGGGGCUUAAAAAGCGUGGACAGCCUCGUGCAAGCAUUGAAACCUUUUCCGAGUACUCCAGCAUAAGGUUUCGGCCGUAUGUUUCAAGGGUUCCAUGGCAUACAGGUCCAAGAGGUUUCCUUUCUCAAUUAUUUCCACGAUAUGGGAAUUACUGUGGACCCAACUGGUCGAGUGGGAAAGAUAGCGGAUCGCCUAUCUGGGACAAACGGCCAAUUGAUUGGUUGGACUUCUGCUGCUACUGCCACGACAUAGGAUACGACAGUCAUGAUCAGGCCGAGUUACUCAAGGCAGACCUGGCAUUCUUAGAGUGCUUGGAGAGACCGAAUAUGAGCACGAAAGGAGAUCCUCAUGUGGCUCAUCUCUACAAGUUUAUGUGCAUUUCAGGACUUAGGAAUGUGUUGAUACCUUACCGUCAGCAGCUUGUGAAGUUGCAAACUGGGAAGCAAUUCCUUCCUCCGAUGUGGCUUAGCAAAAAUAUCAAAUCCAAGGUUGCCAACACCUAAGGAUUCUGCUCCAACGUCUUGCUGUAGUUCAUGUACAUGCUUAAUCGAAAUCCCUUUUUUAUAGUCCCACUAGUGUAAAUAAUGUAUUAUAUGUGUUAUUCACCUUCUCCUUUAUUAUUAUUAUUAUUAUUAUUAUUAUUAUUA